UAUUUACAGGAAGAACAAAGAAUCCCAGUUGAAAGAAGUAUCAAUAUACAUUUUAUCACGCAUAGUAAAGUGUUUGUGUUACAUAUCCCUGAAGUAGUGGUAAAAUUUACCAAGAUAUGGAGUAAAUUUUGUACUACUGAAAUUAUUUCCUCUUUAUACAGUAAAAAUGAUAAAAUUUGAUACAAUAAAGAAUUCACAAGAUAACCAUUUUUGAUCAGUAGAUUAUCACACGUCUGGGGAAAGGAGAGCGCUGCAAUCGUAUUUUAUCAAACAAAAACGGGAUGAAAACAGCAUUGAUUUUCCGCAAUUUCCCGCAAAAUUAUUGAUUUUUCCAAAUUAAAAAAUGGUUUUCAACCUAAUACUCAUCACUGGUGUUCCGGGUGUCGGAAAAACCACAAUUUUCAAAAAGAUUGCUGACGACCUGAAAACCUACAAAGUGCCGUUGACGGGUUUCUACACCGAGGAAGUCCGGAAUGGACUUGGAGGACGAGUUGGCUUUGAUCUGAUUACCUUUGACGGGGUGAGAGGACCUCUGGCCAGACCCAGCAAAACUUCAGCUUUGGCUUCCUUCAAGCGCCUUCACAAACUCAGCAGAUAUUCCGUGGACAUUGAGAGCCUCGAUGAGAUCACAAUUCCCAUCCUGUCCAACAACAAUACCGAGCCAUUGCUGAUGAUUGACGAAAUUGGGAAGAUGGAACUCUUCAGUACGCAAUUCCAGGACAGAAUUAUCAAAGUCACGGAAGAUUUGAGGCUGGGAAAGCGCUGCAUGAUUGCCACAAUUCCCAUCUCUUCUCGCCACUCCAACCAGAUCAUCGAGAAUUUGAAGAAGAUUGAGAAUUGUCGAGUGUUUGAGGUCACAAAAGCCAAUCGCAAUACAAUUUUCACGGAAAUUAUGGCUUCAGUGCGAUUGAUGUUGGGAAUUUAAGCCACAAAUUUUCUUUAUUUAUUCUUCAUCGUAGCUUCCGGGAAGCCAAUUCCAAUAUUCCUGUCUUCUUCUUCUCUCUCUCUCUCUCUUUCUCCGUCUCUAUCAUGAUUUUUAAACCGUGCCAUUGACUUUUUCCACCGGCACUUUAUUGGACUCUCUGAUGGAUCUCUUCCUGACUCGCUUUGGCACCUUCUCCGAUUCCAUCUCACUGAACAGAUCCUCCUUGCUGCGCCAGAACAUCUCCUGCCGCUGCACCAACUCCGGAUACUUCCCCUCAAACUUCAAAUCUGGCAUCAGGGGCAAUUCCCAGCCCCUGGAAGACACCUGAGCCACAGACUGAAGGAUCUCCUUGACCUCUUCCGGCGGCAACUGGAUCACCAGCGAAAUCUUCUGCCUAUCCACAAAGUUCCGCUUCACCAAUUGAUGCAGCUGCACAGAGAGACUUUAUAGACCAGGGAACACUCACCUGGGUCAGACAGAAUCCUAAGAUACUCACCACGUAAUCCCGACUGCGACACAUGAUCUCGCUGGAGAUGCCAUUGAUGCUGGAAAAGGUUUCCGGAGGAUAGAGAACUUCUGACUGGACAACCCAAUUGCCACGAAUUAGGAGACCGAUUAGCGGCAGGAUUCGCACCACUUUCUCCUCAGUCACAGUCUUGUCAUCCAGGAUGGUCAGAAGUUGCGACAGAGAGACCAUUUUAACUAGAAUUUAAAGAAUUUUACCAAUGAUACUUAAUUACUCGUUAUAGCGUUCCGCAUAAUAAUCAAAUUGUUCAGAGUUAGAA